CUAAAUAAAAUUUGAUGGCCUCAAUAGUUAUUUCAAAGAAAAUUGAGAACCGAAAGAGUCGCAAAAGAAGAGGUUUUCAAGAGAAGAACAGAAACCACAAUACCCUAAUCUCUGUGAUCUCAAAAUAAUCUGCUCUCCCAAUCAGAUCUGGGAGGACGAAGAAGAUAAAGCCUCAAAAAGCAAAUCAAUUCGCUGCAUAUAGCACAUAAUCUCCGCCGCGGGCGGAAUUAUAGGGGUUGAGAUUUGGGGGAAAAACAGCGGGCCGGGGAGGAGGUAAACGAUGGCGGCGGCGCACUGGUGCAGCACGGCGGCGAGGCGGACGGUCGCGGCCACCGUAGAACGACGGAUUUCCUUUCCCGCACUGUCGAUCUCAGCUAGCUGCUCGCGUGCGGCGGUGGAAGCGCCGCCGGUCCUGUGCGGUCGAGGAGAUAAGAAGACGAAGAAAGGGAAGCGGUUCAAGGGAUCUUUCGGAAACUCGAGGCCGAAGAAGGAGAAGAAGAUCGAACGCAUCAAGGACAAAGUGGAGGUCCCCAGGUCCACUCCAUGGCCUCUUCCUUUCAAACUCAUCUAACUAUAUAUUUAUAUAUUUAUCUUUCUGUUCAUUUCAUGCAUCUCUCUGGACUCCAUUUCCACCCCUUCAUAUAUGCUUUAUCAUCCCUGAGAAGAAUGUGUUGAUUUCUUGAAUGAAGCCAUUGCUUAUUUCAUAUAUCUGUGGCCUUUCUUAUGAUUUGAUUGUUCAUGUGGGUGAGAUUUGGGUGCUUCUCUAGACAUUUUUUUUGCUGAGUUUUCUUUAUUUUCACGAGCUGAACGUACUCGAAAUUCAUCAAUUAUUAGCCGUG